UUGGCUACACGCGCUCGAGUGACGUGUGCGCUAUCUGUCUUAAAAUAUAUUCACAUUUGUGACUUGUUUUCUAAUAUUUGACCUUUAAAAAAGCAUAACUCCCCCGAGCCGCUCCACGUACCCGGUAUUUAUUUACUUAGUAACUCGUUUAUAGUCAAUUUCUCCUUAUGCAAUUACCUCUCCUCGUUUUCUUCUUUGGGAGUGCGACGGUCUUCAAAUCGGAGACAAACUAAACUGGUUCUUUAUCAGUAAUGACCAGUACUGAUAGAAAGUAAGAUUAUUUACAUCAGAGUCCACAAGAAGCUUGCCCAGUGUGGUUGACCUGUGAAAGCAGUAGAGAUAGAGGGGGAGUAAACGAGUGCAGGAAGGAGAGGAGGAGUGUGUGAGGACAGUCGAUGGAUGCUGUCCGGAUUGAGGGGACAGCACAUUCUCAUCUGACGAGGAAAAGAAAGAUUUCAAAAUUGAGUCGAAGGACAGAAACUCGCCGUCAGGCAUGGUGUGUGAGAAGGGCAUACAGAUCCUUCUCACCAUCGUGGGUGCUUUUGCAUCCUUUGGCCUGAUGACGGUGGCUAUCGGCACUGAUUAUUGGCUCUACUCGCGGGCGCUCAUCUGCAAUAGUACAGCCAAUUCCACACAAGAAGAUCCCCAUAAUAAAGACAAGAAGGACCCCGGGGCCCUGACACACUCUGGCCUGUGGAGGAUCUGUUGUCUGGAGGGGGUGAAGCGUGGUGUGUGCUCCCAGAUCAACCACUUCCCAGAGGAUGCAGAUUUUGAUCACGAUGGAGCAGAAUACGUCCUGCGAGUCGUCCGGGCCUCCAACAUCUUUCCCAUUCUUAGUGCAAUCCUGCUGCUAAUGGGAGGGGUCUGUAUCGCAGCCAGUCGUUUCUACAAGAGUAAAAGGAACAUCGUGCUGGGGGCUGGCAUUUUGUUUGUAGCGGCAGGACUGAGUAACAUCAUUGGUGUGAUAGUGUACAUUUCUGCUGCCCUGGGUGACAUUUCUCCAAAGAAGGAUGAGGAUAAGAAAUGGCAGUACUCGUAUGGCUGGUCUUUCUACUUUGGUGGGCUGUCCUUCAUUCUGGCUGAGAUGGUGGGAGUGUUGGCUGUGAACAUCUACAUCGAGAAGAACAAGGAGCUUCGCUGUCGCUCUCGCACAGAUAUCUUUAAGAGCACAACUCACGCCAUGCUACGACUCCCAAGCUACCGCUUCCGACGCAGAUCACGUUCCAGCUCUCGAUCCACCGACCCCUCACGCUCCCGAGACCCGUCCCCCGUGGGUGGCCCUCCAGGGGGUAAGAACUUCGGAAUGCCCCCCUCUGCUUUACUCUCCCAGGGGCCCAUCUCUGUGUCCACUCUACCCAACUCCCGCUCCGCUCUGCCAGGGGGUGAUAUUUCCCUUUACACCCUCUCCCGAGACCCCAAACUGGGUGGUUUAGGAGGGCUGGGUGCUCCUCCACUGUACGGCACAGUGGACCGGGCCACACUAUACCAGCUGCACAACUGCUUCCCCAAGGAGGGUGGAGGGGGUGGAGGAGGAAGCAUGAUGAUGAGUGGGACGCUCCCCUCGCUCAAAUCCCACAAUCCCUCAGCUGUCCAGAAUUCUUCCAACUCCAAUGCUCCACUCAGCAACUCCGUCCCUUCCUCCCAGCCUCUCCCUUUUACUUCCUCUACAGUGGAGAGGGAACGAGGGAUGGGAACGCUGGAUAGGUUAGGGAAAGGUGAUAGAGAGAGUAACUCCAACACAUUAAACAGGAAAACUACACCAGUGUAGUCAGAUAGGGUUGGAGGAGUUGAUUAAGUGCAACAGCGUAGAAACAAGGCAAAUAACUCUCUCAAUAUUGACAAAUAUUUCACUUUACGGAAAAUAAAGAAUAAAAGGAUGAUAAACAUCUCAUAAUAACGACAACACACAAGAUGUUUUCUGUACUGUUUUAUAACAUGUUUUAACUUAAUAAAACUGUGAUAUUGAUUAGUUUGCUUUGAUUUUAGAGAUGUGGAAUUCCAAGAUGGUGAAGUGUUGUUGUUAUUACGACUAAGUUUAAUAACUGCUUAACAUUUUGAAUGAUUUGAAUGAUUGAUUUACAAAGAUUUUGACUGUGAUUCCAAAACAUGUGAUACUGAGCACUGCAGAAACAUGACUGUAUUCAAUAUGUGAGAAUGAGAUUAUUACAACUAACUUUGAGAAAAGCAUUUUAUUUAUUUUAAAGAAAGUUUUAUUUUCUACCCUUUGAUAACAUGCAAUUUAGUGUGUAAUAUCUGUAUAUCUGUCUUCCAGCUCAGCAACAUAAUUGAUGGACUGAACCAACAAAGGGUUAAAAUGAAAAAGAUUUUUAUAUAAACUUACCAUAAUAUUAUUUUUGUUAUAAUCAUUGUUAGCAGUAGAAGUAGCACUUGUCAAAUUGAAAAUCUUUGUUUUGGGGCAUUAAUAUGAUCCCUCACUUGGACAAAGAGGGAGAGAUGAUAUGUUUGUAUUCAACAGGUGGUAAAUGUUGUUCAGAAAAGACUGUACUUUUCAGAACAGCAGGGGAAAAAAAUUUUGAUUUGAAAACCAGAACUGUAAAAUUAAAGGUUUGCAGUUAAGUGGUUGCAAGAAAGUUAGAAAAAAAAUAUAUAAUAUUUUUAAAUGCCAAUGUGUAUUACGCAUAAGUGUAUUUGAAAAACAAAAUGUAUACUUUCGUUAAAAUCAAGAGUACAGACAUGAUGGUGGGCUUUGUGUAUUGGAAAGGGUUGAAUGGGUGGGAGGGGCUUUUUUAUAUAUAUAUAUGUAUGAGGACACUGUCUUCCUUGAUAUCUGAUUGUGCUACACUUGUUUGUUGGGGGCAUGCCCUGGAUGUGUCUCAAUCAGCUCCCUAUUUCAGUAGUCAGGGCACAGACAGGGAGUCGGCCAUUUCUAGGGGUGUCCCAUUCCCAGUGCACUGAAACUUUCGUUCCCUAAAAAUUCCCAAAAUGCACCAUAAAAAUCUGGAAGCACUGUUGCUCACUAUGUUCCCUUAGCGGAAAUGUCGUCAUGUCUUCUAAAGUCUCUCAAGUCAUUAGAAGAUAAGCUUAAGUGUACAAUUAUAAAGUCAGAGUCUUAUUUUCUCUUUAAAAGAGAUUAUGUUCAUAAUAUAUUUAAUCCAUAAUGUGCAUUAAAGGCAAAACAAUCUAAUCUAAAUUUUAGAGUUUUUAAUAGAUUUAAAAUACACUCCUUUGUAUUUUUUAUUUCUUCUUUUGUCAUUUUUCUUUCAUAAUAACAUUGUACGUUGUAAUAUCUACCACGAAAAUCCACGACAGUGUCAUUUAAACAACAAAGUUGUUGAUUAAUACCAGCUGCGUUUAAACGCGCAACCUCGUAAUCGUGUCGCAGGUAAACUGAGUCAUAAAUGUCCCAAUGUUUAGUUGAUCAGCACCCUUGCCAGAGCUCAAAUUUGUGUUCAAGAUGUACUGAUUUACAACAUAGGGAGUGAAAUGAGAUGCACCCUGUGUCAUUUGUGUUAUCCCUUCAUUGUGUCAUGUGAUCAUGACAGUAUCCCAAAGGCAAAGCUCCCCUCCAAAAAAAACCAAAAAAAAAAAAAAAAAAAACAUUCACUGUGCUGCACCUAAUUCCUUCGAACUUUCUGCUUCUCUUAAUGAGAAAUUAUUUAUGUGAACUUUCUGCUAACCUUAAACCUUUACUCCAUGAUCCCAGCUAACAAGAGGUCAACACAGGACAUUACAUUAUAGAGUUAAAAAGGACAUUAACAACACAAUCUCCUGCAACUGGGGGUCUUUUUUUAAUUCAUAAAACUUUUGAAAAACUAAACAGAGACAGCAUUUAUGUGGUCAGUUAUAAAUGGUAUAUAGUGGACAAUAGAUAUAUCUAGAGAAAAUCUAAAUGUGUGAUAAACUCUAACACUGUAUUGCACGAAUUUUAUAUAUAAAAGAAACAACAAUCUAUGAGUGAUGUCAUUUGUGUGUUUUUAAUCUUCAUCAGGCUAUCAUCUAAAAUAUUGUGUCGUCCAAUUAUGCAGGCUUUGCAGAAAUAAACUAGUUAUUGUUGUGUGUGUGUGUGAUGUUGGUUGACAAAGGAAUUUUUGCUGGUUAAGUCAGGCCACGUCCACACUAUUAUAUCUUAGUAUCAGCUGAGACCAAUUUUAAUUUGAUCCACCAUAACAUGCCACCCUAAGUUUAUUCAAAAUACUAUUGGAGGACUGACAGAGAAAGCUGUUUUUUUGUGUAUAAUGCUGUACACACCCACACAUUUCUGCUCCGACCAAUGCAACAUAGUCGCAUGACAACUCGUAAUAAUUUGUACAAAAUGACAAAAUCUUAUGAUAUUGUACAACUUGGCUCCUACAAAUUGUGCAACUUAUUUCCAUAGAGAUCAACCAAUCAACAAAAAUAAUUUCAAAUCAAUACAACACUGAUAUCCAAUUUAGUCUUCAAUCCAAAACAUAUUUAAAGGAUUAGUUUUCCCAAAAAUGAAAAUUCAGUAAUUGUUUACCCACCACUCUAUUGUUAUAACCUUAUAGGACUUUCUUUCUUUUUCUUAACACAAAGGGAGAAAUUGUGAAAAAAAAAAAAAUUGUGCUCAAUGAUGUCAUACAAUGGCUGUUUAUAUUUACCACCACUUCAAGCUUCAAAAGAAUGCACAAGUAUAAUUCAGAAGUCGA